GUUGUUAGUUGAUUCUAGAUGUUGCAGUUUUUGUUUUGCGAAUUGUGAAAUGGCGUUAUGUAAUGGCUGGAUAAUACCAGAGCCCGUCGAUUAGACAUUCUCUGAUAAUACGCCAAUAGUACCUACUUGUCGCAAACAUGGUUGUGGCGUUCUGAAUGUCCCUUCGCGUCUCCCGUUCACGAGGAAAGGUAGCCAAAUGCUAACAGACUAGCCAGUGAGUGUCAAGUCAACAACAAACUAAGUAGCAAGCGUGGCAAAGCAGUCUUUCUUGCGUUUUAACACACAGAAAGACACUGGACACGUUUUGUCUGUUUUUUUAGCUGCUUACUGAGUAAUGCAGACAGAAUACACGGAUUUGAGGUUAAUACAAAUUUAAGCAGGGCAGUAGUUUCAUUCUAGCGUUACCAGGCCUGGCUGGAUUCGCGCUUUUGCUUGCAAGACUGGACCAGUUAAUCUCGAAGUAUGGAGACUUGGGUCCGAUUUAACUCACAGAGCCAAGCGAAAGAACGGCUGUGCAGGGCUGCCCAGUAUGCAUGCACGCUUCUCGGGUACACCUUGCAGAGGGGGGGUGUUGGCACAGACCUCUUGAUGACUGUCAAACAACUGGAGUCCCACAUGAGCCUGACCAGGAAGUUAAUGCGAUUGGGAAACUCGGCCGAGGCCUUGGAGGCAGCCAAGAGGGCAGUGCACCUGUCCGACAGCAUCCUGCGGCUCUGCAUCACUGUAGCCCACCUGAACCGGGCCAUGUACUUUGCCUGUGAUAAUGUCCUCUGGGCUGGCAAGACUGGCCUGCUGCCCAAACUGGAUCAGAACAAAUGGAGCCAGAGGUCCUAUAGGUAUUACCUGUUUGCCCUCAUUCUGAACCUGACUCGUGACGCGUACGAGAUCGCCCUGCUGAUGGAGCGUGAGUCUCGUAGUUGCAGUUCGGCCAAGGCCUCCCUCUCCAGCACGCCCGUCGCGCUCACCCCUGAGAACGGCGACCUCCCCGCCACGCCGUCCUCCGCCUCCGGUUCCGCUUCGGCCUCCCCACAGCCGCCGCUGUUGCUCCCGGUGGUCCCGUCCCUCCCAGCGCUCUCCCAGCGUCUGCGGCGACAGCUCCGCCUGCUGGCCGCCGUCCUGCGUAGCAACCCGCCGCUCCUGCUGGACCUGCUGAAGAACACGUGCGACGUCUUCAUCCCGCUGGACCGCCUGGGCAUCUACACGACGGGCAACGGCUUCGUGGGCGCCUGCGGCCUGGCGUCCUCCAUCCUCUCCAUCCUCACCAUUCUCCACCCCUGGCUCAAGCUCAAGCCCUGAUCGCCGCACGUGGGCCAGACCCAGGCCAGAGCCACGGAGCAGCUCCCAGAGCUUUGGGUAAACCUGGGCGGGGGAGGAGGAAGAGAAAGAAAGUUGAAUGGAAGUGCAGAAGUGUCAGGGAGGAGUUUUGGAGAAUUUUUUUUAAAUUUGUUUUAUUUUUUUUAAUUAAUUUUUUUUUUUUUUUUGGGGGGGGGGGGGGCAACAUACAGUAGGUCUAAUUGAAAGUUUGUGUGUGCGAGUGUGAGAGUGUGUGUGUGUGUGUGUGUUUCCCCCCCUUCACAUCGCUCUCCCCUUGCAGCUUGGCUCACUGUCACACUGCUAGACUCCACACAAACCCUGAAAACUCUUAACUUCCCGCUUCUACUUAGCAUGUCUAAAACGCUCCUCUUCAUGCAGCAAAACCAUCCCGCGCCAACCCCACGCUCUGACCACACCUCCCCUCGAAUGCCCGUAGGUGUGUGGUGGAUGCAUUUAUUCCCAACGGGAAGAAGGUGGCCAGUGUGAUUGAGUGAGUUGACUUGACUGUAGCUGCACUUACUCAGACGCUACUCAAAGAUCUCGGGCUUUGCAAAAUUGAACUUCUCAGUCCUGCUAGUCUAACAACUAGACUUGUGUGCACAUGACAAUGAUCCAACUGAUCCAUUUAAACGGUUAACUUUAAUUGUUUGUUUGUUUGUUUGUUUGUUUGUUGGGGUGGGCACUAUGAGCCAUACUAUGUACUGUGUCACGUAGCCAUUGCUCCCAGUUGUAUAGCUUAGUUCUUAAAGGAACACAGCAAUGUUUGCCCUCCACCCCAGAGAUAUAUAAGAGGAUACAUACCCUUCUCUUUUCUGCGUGUGCAAUAACCCAGUCUGACACUGUUAGCUUAGCAUAAUUCACUUUAAGUGGGUUGUUCCAGUUAGCCAAUAGUUAGCUUAUAGCUAAAAAGGAGUUAUAGGCUAACUGGAACAACCCACUUCCAGUGAAUUAUGGUAAGGUAGGCUAAUGAUAAAACUGGGUUAUUGCACAGACAGAGAAAAGAAGGAUAUGUAUCCUGGGGUAGAUAGCAAAUAAGCAAAUUUUUCAAAAAGUUGGCAUGUUCCUUUAAUGAAUGUAUCAGGGAGUUUGAGAUGGGACCCCAGAAAUUCCGUCUGUAGCUGCAACCACUUGUUUUAAGGAUGAGUGUAAGAUUGUUUGUUGAAUUAUACGAUAGACUGAUCCGAAUGAUCUUUAGAUUUUUGAUUUUAGAUCUCUGGACCUGUUUGUUGGAUUACCUUUAUACAUAGUGAAAUGAUGUCAAUAUUUUAGAUGGCGCUGUUUACAUAUAUGAAUGAAGUUCUUGUUUAUGGCUUAUGAUAUCAUUUGGAUUGUUUUACGCAUUAGGUUUUCUCUGAUUUGCAGAAAAUAUUUUUGCAUGUUAGCACCGAAACGAAUGGCUUUCUCUGCAUUUGGAAGAAAUAUUGCAUUUGAAAUAUUGCUAAUUCUACUGAUCAAAAAUAAACAACAAAAAAAAGUGAUCAAGUAUGAAUGAUUGCUCAACAUAAUACUUUAUGGUUCAGCUCUUUGGUUACAUUUAUUUGUUUGUUCCACCCAGUGGGAACGUAUCUGUUUGUUUUCUCAUGGUACUGGUUCUGAACAGCUCUGCAGCAGACCCCCCCCCCCCCCUUUCAGGAGAAGAUUACAGCUCAUCCUGACUGCAUGCAAGCAUCUGACUGUGGCUUAGCAUUAAGUGCUAACACUGAAUCUGUGCUUUUCUAUUGUCAUAUUUCAAUAAUUUGCCAUUCAAAUUAGCAACACGGACCACGAGUGACAGAAAGAAAAUAGAAACGCAGCGCCUGACAAAAUUUCUGCUCAAAACGUUGUGCUGCAUUGCACAAAUAGAAAACAAUGUAAUCAAACUGAUUUAGCUAAUGUUCGCUUGCAUUGCCGACACGGUGUAACACUUACUCGGGGGUAUUCCAAGAACGCAGAUUAGUGACAAGCCUGGAUUAGUAAACUCGGAGUAAGUGGUAAUCCUCCAAUAGAGGGGUCCCCUGACUUCAUCCCCUGCAAAACAAAAUCAUAGAGCUCCUCUAUUAGGAUAAAUACUGCUUUCUCUGAGUUAUUGUAAUUUUCCCUGAGGUUUAUACAUUGGUUUUGCAAAAAUGUUUCAGCUAUGAGGUUAAUACACAUGGUGGGCUAUACAUGGGAAUGCAUUUAUUUUCUUCAUUCUUCUUUAUGAUUAAAGCAAAAUCUGAUCCCAAUUCAUUGGGGUAUUAGCCACUGCAUUUAAUACAUGGGUGCGGUUAAUACAUUUGUUUUUUUAAUUAGCAUAAAACACUGUCCUGCGGUUUAUAGACAAUGCGGCUAAUACACAGGAAAUGACUGUAACCAGGCUUGAUUCUAAUCUACAUUCUUGAAAUAGGAAAGCUUUGCUUAGGUCAACUCCUGAACAGUAGGUGGGUUUACAUGGACAGUUUUUUUGUCAUUCCGAUUAAACUAUUCCGUUUGAAGAACUCGUGCCAUCUGUUUACAUGGGGUACGUUCUAUUCCGAUCAGGUGCUCUCAAGGGCUUUAGAAUCUUUGAUCGGAAUAGCCGUUGUUACCUACUUUUUCUUGAGAAAAUACAGCAGGCAAUCCAAUUGACCGUAUACUGUUCAAUCGGAAUAGCAACGCAAUAUACCACCUCUUUCAAUUCUACUCAGAUCAGGCAUUUUUAUUCCGAUUAAGGUGUUUAUAUGAGAAUUUCUAUUCCGAUUGAGCCGCUAUUCCGUUUCUAAUCAGAUUAAGUGUCCAUGUAAACGUAACUAGUCCUUUCCUGCCAAGAUUUUCCUGGCACAGGAUAGUAAAAACAGUGCUGUACUUCUACCAUCCUAACCUAGAGAAAGUCUUGGGUAUCUUUAUUGGAUAGUGGUGAACAUGCUUUUGGGGGAUGGCGAAGGGAACUUUUCAGUGCCCUCCAACUGACUCCAAGGUCAUCUCCAGGCACAUUGUCCCCAAAAGCACUGCUGUAUGGAGAGACUGACCGCCUCGAGCAUGGUACAGGUCUCUUAUGUGUCGAUGUGGUUAUAGCAUAGUAAGGCUUCUGAUGGAGUUUGGAGAAGAGUUUUGUCCUCUGUAGAGAGAGAGAGAGAGAGAGAGAGAGAUCUCUUUAGCCUUUUCAGCUCUCUUUACUGUUCAGUAAUCAAAACUGAUUCCACUGACCUGAUCGGCUAACAUGAGUAUGGUUGUGUUUUUUUACAUAAAAUAAAAAAAAUGGGAAAACGUA